CUGAUUUUCGUCGUAAGAAAAGCCUCCAACCACCAGCAGACCACUUAACCCACGUCCCUCCUCAAGCCCCCCAAAUCUUCAACAAAUCAUCCAUUCUGUACGUAAGUAACGUACAAUACGUACCUCUCACAGCUCUAAGCUACUCCUCAGAUUCACUACGAAUUAUUUAGUUUUUAGCACACAGCCAGUUCAGUAGCCGUGUCGUAUUCGUCGUAUCCAAAAGAUACUUCUUCCAUCAUAUCGUCGUUGUCGUCGUCAAAUAGAUAUUCAAGUCCGGGGUUCAAUUGAACCGAAUGAACGAGUUUACCUCAGUCGCUCUAGGAGCGUUGUCGUGGACGGUAUUUGUGAUUUUUUUUUAAAUAUAAGAUACAAUUAAAAAAUAUAUCUGAAAUUUUUUUUAUAUAUUCAAAUUUCGGAGUGUGAAUCAAAUAAAUGAUAUCCUUAUUGAAAUAGGAUAUCCUUGUUGAGUUUACAAUACAAAAUAAACAUCGCGUCUUGAAAUCAAAGAUUCAGAUACAAAUUUAUUCGUUUUUCUUAUUAUUUUUGGGCCAAAUUACCGGAUUUCUUCGAAGAGAAAGUUUUUCUUCUCUAUGGCCAACAUUAUAAUUUAGUGGCGGCAGAAACCACGCUUUUAUAAAAUUUAAUUCAAAUUCAAAAAUCAGAAAAAAGCAACUUAAUUCGGGAUAUUAAAUAUACAAAAAUUUCCAAGGUGUUCUUCCGAUUCGUUUGGAGACACCAAUAUUCUUAGACCCAAGCUGGAUUAUAAUAACCUUUAGUAGAUAUAUGUACGUUAAAAGAAAAAAAUACUAAAUAAAAAAGGUAGAAGAAGAAACUUCGACCCGGUUUUCUCCUUUACCACAGAAUUAUAUUUUGCUGACGACUUGAUCGCAGAGAAGUUGGUCAUAAGAAUUAAAUUUAAAUAUAUUUGGUUUUAAGUUUAAAAUUCUUUUUAGAAGAAGUUUGAAAAAAAAAAACAUAAAUUUCUAAUAUCUAUGUAAAAUUUUAAUAACAAGUUCUGAAUUUUUGUGGAUAAAACCAGAAUUAAAUUAAAGAAGAAGAUAAAGAAUAAGAAGAAAAGAAGUUAACAAGUGUCAGUGUGCGUGAUUUGAUUCAAAAAGAAACCUUAAAAUAAAGGAAAAGAUACAAAAUUUAUUUAAACUUUAUCUGACGGAUUAACAAAAAAAAAAUUAAUGAAUUAAAAACUAUAUCAAAAAUAAGAGGAUAUUUUGGAACUGAAGAUUAUUUUUUAUUUUUGGAUAACUUUGUCAAAAGAUAAACUUGGCGCUACACAACAUAUCAAAAAUCGUGUUCAACGUUUUCCUUUUACAAUUCUUUACUGUGAUUUUAUUUUCCGUUAUUUCUUGUUUUUUUUUUUACAUACCAAUAAGAAAGUAAAUAAAUAAGAAAGUGAUAUGUCAAUUUUAUACAUCUUGGUGAUUAAAUUAAAGUGAAAUAAGUGCGCGCAAAAAGUUAUUUAUUUGGCUUGGAGCAAAUUAAAAUUGUUGAAUUACAUCACACAAAUUUAAAGUCAAACCGGGUGUGGGGGAGGAAAGUGACAAAUAUAAUUUGUCACUGAUUUUUUUGUUUUGUUUAUUUUGUUUAAUUCAUUACUAUAGUCAGUUAGGUGAAGGAGGGUUUUUGUUUGUUUUUUGUUCGUGAAAACCUAAAUCUCGAUAAUGGAUCCGCCUAAUUACAGUGGAUCCAGGUCGAGAACUUUUCUACAAGCAAUGGCAAGGCACCUCUGUUGGAAAUAUAAUAUCAGUUUGUGUGUAGUUGUUAUAGCCAUUGUCGCCUUAAAUAAUUUGGGAUGCUGUAUAGCGGCCGCUGAGAGAGCAACACAAAUUCUACCAUUACAAACAGGUGGACUAUCAGAUGGCGGUCGAAUUGGUCAAAGUUCCAUAGCAUUUAAUGUGCCAUGUCCUACGGGAAUGUUUCGUUGCAAUAGCGGUAAAUGCAUAACAUCAUUAUGGGUAUGCAACUAUCAAAAAGACUGUGAAGAUGGAGAAGAUGAACAACAAUCAUGCCCUCCACCGGAAUGUGAAACCGGACAAAUAAAUUGCGGACAAUAUGUAUUUAAUAAAACAUAUUGUAUUCCGCCACAUUUUCGUUGUGAUAUGACAGACGAUUGUGAAGAUAAAUCCGAUGAAUCACAGUGCACUUACAGAAAAUGCCAGACUACAGACGUCUUUUGUAAUUCGGUUGGUGGUGCUGCUCCCGAAGGUGGCCGAUUAUCUGGGCCAUGUGUGCCAAAGGAGAAACGUUGUGAUGGUUAUCUGGACUGUCGAAAUGGGCGUGACGAAGAUGACUGUACGGGUGAAUCGUGUCGCUUGGAUCAGUUUCGGUGUGCCAAUGGACAGAAAUGCAUUGAUGCCGCAUUGAAGUGCAAUCACCGCGAUGACUGUGGUGACAAGUCCGACGAACAAGGAUGCAAUUUUCCACCAUGUCACAAUGGUCAGUUCCGGUGCACAAAUGCUCUAUGCAUUCCUGCCAACUUCUACUGUGAUGGCUAUCACGAUUGUGCUGACGAAAGUGAUGAGGCAAAUUGUACAGCGAUAGCUUGCCCUGAUAAUAAGUUCCUUUGUCCACGAGGCGGUCCUGGUGGCUCACCCAAAUGUAUCCUUAAAUCACAGCUGUGCGAUGGUAAACGCGACUGUGAGGAUGGCAGUGAUGAGGAAACUGCUUGUUCAACUGCUUCAUGUCCUGCUCUUGGUUGUGAACACAAAUGUGGUUCAUCUCUGACUGGUGGUGUAUGCUACUGUCGUCCAGGACAAUCGCUUGCUGCUGAUAAUAGAACGUGUGUGGAUUUGGAUGAAUGCGCGGAAUGGGGUCACUGUGACCAGCUUUGCACAAAUACUGAAGGUUCCUACAUUUGCAACUGUGCCAGUGGCUAUUCCCUUAUCAAUAAUUCUAAGUGUAUAGCUGGAGAUGCGAAUAACCUUGAGUUGAUUUUUGCGCAUGAUCGAGCUAUUGUUCGCAUGUCAUCGCAUGGAAAUGAUCCUCGAAGUGUGGCUAACGCUACUGCAGCUAGUGGACUGGCUUUUCAUUAUGGACGAAAUACACUUUAUUGGUCUGACACUAAAACCCGCAAGGUGCAAUCUCUGCAGUUGGAGGAAUUCAAUGGUGCAAUUAAUCCGCUAGACUUAACUUUGCCUGGAACAUGGGCACCAGUCGCACUGGCUGUUGAUUGGGUGGGAGAUAAGAUUUAUGUGGCCGAUUUGGUUGGACAGAAAAUCGAUGUUUUUGAGCUGAGUGGGAACUGGCAUGCCGUUGUGUUGGGAUCAAAUUUGACAAGCCCGGCCGAUCUGGCGCUCGAUCCAACUUCUGGUUUGAUGUUCGUUGCUGAUGGGGGACAAGUUCUGAGAGCUCAUAUGGAUGGUACACAUGCAACAUCUGUUGUAUCUGAGGCAGCCUAUAAGGCUUCAGGUGUUACAGUUGACAUAAUUUCAAAACGAGUCUUUUGGUGUGACUCACUUUUAGACUAUAUUGAAUCGGUAGACUAUGAAGGUAACAAUCGUGUUAUGGUCUUGCGAGGUCAACAAGUUCCAAGCCCAUCUAGACUAGCAUUGUUUGAAAAUAGAAUUUACUGGACAGAUGCAACAAAACAAGGAAUCAUGUCCGUGGACAAGUUCGAAGGACCAGCUUCAAUUCAAGUCACAUAUAAGGCAAAGGAUAUUCGAGAACCAAAAGCUAUAAUUGCAGUUCACGCCCUCAGCCAACCAAAGGUAUCUAACCCUUGUGGAAACAAUAAUGGUGGAUGUAAUCAUAUGUGUAUUGUGACAGCCGUUAAGGGAGCUCCCUCAGGUUUGGGAUACCGAUGUGCCUGUAAUACAGGUUACCAGUUGCAAAAAGAUCUGAAAAACUGUAAAAUAGUUCGGGAAUUUUUGAUGUACUCUCAACAACGUUUUAUCAAGGGAAAAGUUUUGGAACCAGUUAUUGAGGGAUUCAGUGAUGCAAUUCUGCCUGUUGUUUCAAGGCGGGCAAGAUUUGUCGGACUUGAUUAUGAUUCUCGUGAUGAAUUCAUUUACUACUCGGAUGUUCUUCAAGAUGUUAUCUAUCGAGUGCACCGAAAUGGCACUGGAAGGGAGAUUGUUUUAGCUUCCCAGAAUGAAGGUGUUGAAGGCUUGGCUGUAGAUUGGGCUUCAAAGAAUUUAUACUACAUCGACAGUCGCAAGGGAACAUUGAAUGUUCUAUCAACACGUAACGUUACCCACCGAAGAACCCUCCUCAAGAAUCUUAAGAGACCUAGAGCUAUUGUAGUCCAUCCAAAUCGAGGUUUUAUAUUCUUCUCCGAAUGGGAUCGACCAGCUAACAUUACCAGAGCUAAUACUGAUGGAACAAAUCUUUUGGUAUUCAAAAAUGUGACGUUAGGGUGGCCAAAUGGAUUGUCGAUCGAUUUCAAAGCUGAUCGCGUGUAUUGGUGUGAUGCGUUACUUGAUCAUGUUCAACACUCAAACCUCGAUGGUACCGAUAUUCGAACAGUGAAUUCCCGUCUUGUAAGGCAUCCAUUUUCAAUUGUCAUUCACAAUGAAUGGAUGUACAUUACAGAUUGGAGACUUGAUGCUAUUAUACGACUGCACAAGCUUACUGGGGAACAAGAGGAAAUGAUGGUUCGAGAGCCACAAACUAACCGAUUAUAUGGUGUUAAGGUUUACAGUAGGGAUGUGCAAAAGAUCGAAGAGAAACAACCUUGUCAUAAUAAUAAUGGAGGUUGUGAGAAAAUCUGUUUUGCUGUUCCAAAGAAUGACUCGUUAGGAGAACUCCAAUCAAGGUGUUCCUGUCCAUAUGGUGAACGAUUGGCUGACGAUGAGCGUUCUUGUGUAGCCGAUCCAACUGCUGAACCACCAGUGCAACCUUGUCCGAACUCAUGGGACUUUACUUGCAAUAACCAGAGAUGUAUUCCUAAAUCAUGGGUUUGUGAUGGAGAUGAUGAUUGUCUAGACAACAGCGAUGAAGAACAGAACUGUACAAAACCAACUUGUGGAUCCAACGAAUUCCAAUGCAAAUCUGGUCGUUGUAUUCCUCUCAACUUCCGCUGUGACCAAGAAAACGAUUGCGGUGAUAACUCUGAUGAACUUGAAUGUGGCAAUGUUACUUGUGGAGCUGCCCAGUUUGCCUGUGCCAAUGGUCGAUGCAUUCCAAAUAUGUGGAAGUGUGACAGUGAAAACGAUUGUGGAGAUGGUUCGGAUGAAGGAGAUUUCUGUGCCGAAAAGACUUGUGCUUAUUUCCAGUUCACGUGUCCCAGAACAGGACAUUGCAUUCCUCAGAGUUGGGUGUGUGACGGUGAUGAUGAUUGUUUCGAUAAACAAGAUGAGAAAGAUUGCCCACCAAUUACCUGCCUGGCGAACCAAUUCAAGUGUGCAGACUUGCGACAAUGUGUUGAAGAAUCAUACAAGUGUGAUGGUAUUCCAGAUUGUAAUGAUGGUAGUGACGAACUUGGCUGUCCAUCGACAGGUCCUAAUCAAUGUAAUAUGGAAAAACACUUCCGAUGCAAGGGUUCUGGAUUCUGUAUUCCAAUUUCUUGGCAUUGUGAUGGUUCCAAUGAUUGCUCUGAUCACUCAGAUGAAGAAGAUUGCGGACAAAUUUCGUGUGCACCGAACUUCUUUAAAUGUAACAACUCAAACUGUGUAUUCAAGGCCUACAUUUGCGAUGGAAAAGAUGAUUGUGGUGAUGGAUCUGAUGAAAGUUCAAUGCAUGCUUGUGUUGCACCGCCAUUUAAGUGUCCUCAUGGACAAUGGCAAUGUCCUGGAGUUACAGAGAGAUGUGUGAAUAUUACAUCGGUUUGUGAUGGCUCUCCAGAUUGUCCAAAUGGUUCUGAUGAAGGUGAAGGUUGUGACCUCGCGGAGUGUCAACAUCAAACGGGACUUUGUUCGAGUGGAUGCCAAAAGACACCGUUGGGCGCCAUGUGUAUUUGCCCACCUGGUUCAGAACUCGGAACUGAUGGCUAUACAUGCGAAGAUAUUAAUGAAUGUGACCCACCAGGUUUGUGUUCACAAGCCUGUACAAACACCAAGGGAUCCUACUUCUGCUCCUGUACCGAUGGAUACGUUCUCGAACCAAAUAAGCAUAACUGUAAAGCAGUUAAUCACUCAGCAGCUUUCUUAAUUAUAUCAAACCGUCAUUCCAUCCUUGUAGCUGAUCUUAAAGAACAAGGUCUUGAGAGGGUACCCAUUAUUGUUGAGAAUGUUGUAGCAACUGCAUCAAACAUGCACACUGGAACAAUCUUCUGGAGUGACAUGAAACUGAAGAAGAUUUCUCGAUUAGACCGAGGAAUGGAACCCCAAGAAAUCAUUACAACUGGGCUAGAUUUAGUCGAAGGCUUGGCUUAUGAUUGGGUUGGACAAAAUCUCUACUGGCUUGAUAGUAAACUAAACACCAUUGAGGUUUCUUCAGAGAAUGGAUCAAAUAGGUUAGUCUUGGUGAGGGAGAAUAUUACUCAACCUCGAGGAAUGUGCUUGGAUCCAAGUGAAGGUGCUAGAUUUAUUUUCUGGACAGAUUGGGGUGAAAAUCCAAGAAUCGAAAGAAUUGGAAUGGAUGGAACUAUGCGUGAAACUAUUAUCAACACAAAGAUCUACUGGCCAAAUGGAUUGACUCUGGAUAUUGCCACGAAGAGAGUUUAUUUUGCCGAUUCGAAAUUGGACUUUAUCGAUUUUUGUUACUACAAUGGAACUGGACGGCAACAGGUACUAGCUGGAAGUCAUUAUCUUCUACAUCCGCAUUCGUUGUCUCUGUUUGAAGAUACACUUUACUGGACCGAUCGACAACUUAACAGAGUCUUAUCGGCAAAUAAGUUCCGUGGAAAGAAUCAAACUGUUGUAUCACAUUUGAUCAGUCAACCAUUAUCAAUCCACGUACAUCAUCCAUCGCUCCAGCCAAUGUAUGAGAAUCCUUGCAUGAGGGCCAAUUGUCAACAUUUAUGUUUGCUAAGUCCAAGUGCUAAGGAGGGUUACUCAUGCAAGUGUAAACCAGGCUUUAAACUUCUCUCAGAAGGACGUUGCAUUGAAGAAGAGAAUCCAUUUAUCAUGGUUGUCAAGGGAACACAGAUUGUUGAUAUACCACUUAAUGGAGGUGAUGCUAGGGCUGGAUCCUUAGCACCAGUUAUCGGAAUUGAUAGCAGUACUGGAUUGGACUUUGACCGAAAGGGUGAAACUCUCUUCUGGGUUCAAGGUCGUGAAGAUGAUGAUGAGAAUUGUACCAUUUAUACGACACCUUAUGGAGGCGGAAACAAAACUCAAUUCCUUGGCAUGGACACUGGAAUUGUUGGAGCACCAUACACAAUCGCUUUUGAUUGGCUGGGUAGAAAUAUUUAUAUGGGAAAUAGAGUUGCCAGUAAUAUUGAAGCAGUUCGUGUUGAUGGCAAGAUCAAGUACAGGACAAUUAUUUUGGCAAAUGAUGGUAAUAGAACAUCAGUCUCGAAGCCUAAGGCAUUGACUAUUGAUCCUAGUGAAGGAAAACUAUUCUGGAUCGAUGAAGGAGGCUUUGGGGUACCAGUGAAGAUUGGAAGAGUUAACAUGGCUGGAACGAAUUCAAUUGUCUUGAAAGACGACAUAGAUCGACCUGAAAGUAUAGCACUUGAUAUCGAGAAAAAACAGAUUUACUACAGCACACAGUUCCCAUCAGCAGUUUGUGCCAUGGAUUACAGCGGAGAAAACCACAGGGUUAUACUGUCUGAAGCAAAUGCCAUUGCAAGACCUAAAAGCUUAGGUAUUCUUGACUCAAGGCUGUACUACUUGGAUCCAGUUUAUGAGAAAAUUGUAAGAGUAGACUUGCCAAGAGGAGAUAAUCCCAAAGUAAUCAUUGACAAUGAACCAGAUUUGAAGAACAUGAUGAUCUACAAGAAACGAUCAAUGAUGCAACACCCAUGUCAAACCAACAAUGGUGGAUGUGAGCAUUUGUGUAUUCCUGAUGAGGGAUCGUCCAGAACUUGUGCCUGUGGAAUUGGCUACCGAAAGGAAAAUGACAUCAACUGUGUGGCUUAUAAGACAUUUGCUGUAGUAUCACAAUUAGAUAUGACUCGUGGAUACAGUCUUACAGAUAGUUCGGAAGCUAUGGUUCCAAUAAGUGGAUCUGGACAUCAUAUUCUACAUGUGGAUGUCGUUUUCCGGGAACAAUGGAUUUACUGGGCUGAAUAUAAUCGCGGUUAUUGGAAUGGUAUAUUCCGAAUUCGACCAAAUGGUACUGAACUUCAACACAUCAUCAAAGACGGUAUUGGAAGUAAUGGAAUUAGAGGCAUAACUAUCGAUUGGGUUGCUGGUAAUUUGUACUUCACCAAUGUAUUUCCUCAUGAAAACUAUGUCGAAGUGAGUUGGUUAGAUGGAUCAAACCGCAAAAUUUUGGUCAAAACCACCAAUGAUGCUCCAAGAGAGCUAGCGGUCAAUCCAAUCAAGAGAUUACUCUAUUGGAUCGAUUAUGGACAAUAUCCAAGAAUUGGUAAAGCCUAUCUUGAUGGAUCUAACUGGACUCCAGUUGUAACUUCGGGAAUUUCAAACCCCCGUGACUUGACUGUUGAUAUGCUGACACAUGACGUUUAUUGGGUUGAUUCGAAAUUGGAUACUAUUCAGAAAAUUUCAUACUCGGGUGGAAAUCGACAAAUUAUUCGUCGAAAUCUACCAAAUCCAAUGGGAAUUGCUAUAUACCUUGGUGAUGUUUACUGGGUUGAUCGUAAUCUUAUGACAGUUUUCAAGGCUUCCAAACUUCCUGGAAAUAAUUCAAUGCCCGAAAGAGUUCGCACUAAUUUACAAAAACUUCGUGACAUUGCCAUUUACAAUAUCAACAAUCAGCCACCAGAUGAGGGUAACCCUUGUGCCCGUUUGGGUAAUGGAGGUUGUGACCAACUAUGUUUCAGUUUCCCACCAGAUGCAUCAAGCCCAUCUAGAAUGAACUUUAAAUGUGAUUGUGCAACAGGAAAACUUAACACAGACGGAAGAAAAUGUGAAACAGUAAACGAAUACUUGGUCUUUGCAACGAGAACAGAAAUUAGAGCUGUCAAUCUAGACCCUAGGUCAACACAAGUGCCCUUCGCCCCAAUGACAAAUCUAACAAAUGUUGUUGGUCUUGAUUUUGAUUAUAAGGAAAAUCGACUUUUGUACACACAAAUCCGUCCAUGGGCAAAGAUUGCCCAUACCAAGGCUAAUAAUCCAACUUUGGAAGAUGUCACUGUGGUAUUGAAUAAGGGUAUCAAUCCGGAGGGUAUUGCUUAUGAUUGGACACAAAAUAAAAUCUACUGGACAGAUAGUUCGAAUAAUUCAAUAUACGCCAUGAAUCUUGAUGGAUCUGAACAAGUUAUGAUUGCAAGAGUUGAACGACCAAGAGCUAUUGUCCUAGAUCCAUGCAAUGGAACACUUUUCUUCACCGAUUGGGGUCGUUUUGGAACUUCGGGUAAGAUUUUCCGCACAACAAUGGCUGGAUCGCUAAAGAGAGCGAUAGUUGACAAAGAGCUAUCCCAACCUAGUGGACUUGCAAUCGAUUAUGAUGAACGAAAACUUUACUGGACAGAUGCUGUCCGGGAAAAGAUCGAACGGGCUAAUUUGGACGGAGGUGAAAGGGAACUAUUAGUUGCGGCAACAAUUUAUCCAUUUGCCAUUAGUGUCUUUAGGAAUUACAUAUAUUGGACAGAUUUGCAACUUCGUGGAGUAUAUCGUGCUGAGAAACAUACCGGUGCUAAUAUGGUUGAGAUUGUCAAACGCCUUGAAGACUCACCACGUGACAUAAGGGUCUAUAGUUUGGAACGUCAAAAGUGUCAAGUAAAUCCAUGCCAGAUUAAUAAUGGAGGUUGUGCACAGAGUUGCCACCCAGCACCAAAUGGCAAAGCUGAAUGUAAAUGUGACGAUAACUCGAAAUUGGUCAACGAAGGCCGAAUGUGCGCUCCAAGAAACAACACCUGCGAAUCAAGCAAAUUCUACUGUCAAAAUGGAAAAUGUAUUUCACGAAUGUGGUCUUGCGAUGGAGAUGAUGAUUGCGGAGAUAACUCCGAUGAAGAUCCCAACUACUGUGCUUUCCAUUCAUGCUCGCCAAAUGAAUUCCGCUGCAAUAACGGUCGAUGCAUAUUCAAAUCUUGGAAAUGUGAUCAUGAAAACGAUUGCAAAGAUGGUUCCGAUGAAGUUGGAUGCACCUAUCCACCGUGUGUGGAUGGUGAGUUUACAUGCAACAAUGGAAGAUGUAUUCCAAUGGCUCAGGUUUGUAAUGGUGUCAAUGAUUGUAAGGACAAUGCAACUUCCGAUGAAACACAUGAACGCUGUCCCACAAAUACUACUUGCCCACCAAAUCAUUUGAAAUGUGAGAAAACUAACAUUUGCGUGGAACCUUACUGGCUUUGUGAUGGAGAUAAUGAUUGUGGUGAUAACUCUGAUGAAGAUCCUCUACAUUGUGGACAAAGAACUUGCCCACAAAACAGUUUCCGUUGUCCAAAUCAUCGUUGUAUUCCUGCAACAUGGUAUUGUGACGGAGAUGACGAUUGUGGUGAUGGGGCUGACGAACCACCAGAGUAUUGUAAAUCCGAAGGAAGGACAUGCUUUGGUGAUCUAUUUACUUGUGAUAAUGGAAAUUGUAUUCCAAGGAUUUACAUUUGCGAUGGUGAUAAUGAUUGUUUGGAUAACAGUGAUGAAGAUAGUAGACAUCAAUGCAACGAUCGGAAAUGUGAUGAAGAAACAGAGUUUACUUGUGUUGAAAAUAAGGCUUGGGGACGUGCUCAAUGUAUUCCAAGGAAAUGGAUUUGUGAUGGUGAUCCAGAUUGUGUAGAUGGCGCUGAUGAGAAUACAACACUUCAUAGUUGUUCAACUCAGCAACCAUGCGCUGAGGAUAUGUUCACUUGUGGCAAUAACCGGUGCAUCAAUAAGGGCUGGGUUUGUGAUCAUGACAAUGAUUGUGGUGACGGAACUGAUGAAGGCAAAUUCUGCAACUCCAAAUACAAAACUUGUUCUCCUCAAGAAUUCACUUGCCAGAACUUCAAGUGUAUUCGCACUCAAUACAGAUGUGAUGGUGAAGAUGAUUGUGGUGAUCAUUCUGACGAAGUUGGUUGUAAAAAAGAGAAUGUUACUUGUCCAGCUGGACAGUUUACCUGUACCAAUGGUCAAUGCAUUGACUAUCAUUUGGUUUGUAACAAAGUGGCAGACUGUUCGGAUGAAUCCGAUGAACCUUCUCAUUGUAAUGUGGACGAGUGUGCCAAGGUUGAAAUUCACCAAUGUGGUCAUAAGUGUGUUGAUACACUUACAAGUUACUAUUGUGAUUGUAAUCAGGGUUACAAGCUUCUUGCUGAUGGAAAAGCUUGUGCAGAUAUUGACGAGUGCCUGGAACUUCCUGGAGCUUGUUCGCAACAUUGUUCCAAUACUCCUGGAAGUUACUAUUGCAAAUGUAACGAACGAUAUUACGAACGUCAACUUGACGAACACACCUGCAAACGAAAGGAUAACGAAACUGCUUGGCUUAUCUUCACCAAUAAAUACUAUGUUCGAAACAUGUCCUUGGAUGGCAAGCAAUACAAUCUAAUGCAUCAAGAUCUUAUGAACGUUGUUGCUUUGGAUUUUGAUUUCCAAGAGGAUUACAUGUACUUCUGUGAUGUUACAGCAAAGACUAUCUUCCGAUCGAAAUACAAUAGCAUGGAAGAGAAGCCUACCCGCGAGGCUGUAGUUCGUCAUGAUUCACAUGGUCUUGAAGGUAUUGCUGUAGAUUGGGUUGGAAGAAAACUUUACUGGCUCGAUAGACAUUCCAAGAAUCUCGACGUAGCUGAAUUAGAUGGAACAAAACGAAAGACUUUGCGAAGUGGUGUUGUUGAUCCUCGAGCUAUUGUUGUUCAUCCUGGCAUUGGUUAUCUCUACUUUACAUCAUGGCAUCUGCAAGCUUAUAUUGCUAAAAUGGGUAUGGAUGGAUCAAACUUAACAAGAAUUCUAACAUGGGAAGAUGAUAUUGCUUGGCCAAAUGCUCUAGCUAUUGAUUACUUUACCGAUCGUAUAUAUUGGGCAGAUGCUCAUUUAGAUUAUAUAGCUUAUGCUGAUUUGGAAGGACGACACAGGCAUAUAGUUUUAUCUGGAGCUAAAGUUCCUCAUGUAUUUGCGAUAUCAUUGUUUGAUGAUUAUUUAUAUUGGACCGAUUGGAAUUUGAAGGCAAUUAUGAGGGCAAACAAAUUUACUGGCAAGGAAUUGACCACCUUGCGCAACACUACCCACCGACCAUAUGACGUACAUAUCAAUCAUAGACUGAGGCAGGUUCCUUAUACAAAUCCUUGCGGCAAAACAAACGGUGGAUGCUCACAUCUUUGCCUCAUUUCACCACCAGCUGAAUCGACAUAUCUGAAUAUUGAAGGGUAUAUUGAGGAAGGAGCUCCAAGCUAUAAAUGUGCUUGCCCUAACCAGUUCUAUCUGGCCAGGGAUAGUAAAACUUGUAUUGCCAAUUGUACAACUGGCCAACAUCGUUGUGAAGGAAAUGAUGAGAAGUGUAUUCCAUGGUUCUGGAAGUGUGACGGAGAAAAGGAUUGCAAAGACGGAUCUGAUGAACCAGCUACAUGUCCAGCUCGACACUGUCGGGCAGGAACAUUCCAGUGCAAGAAUACGAACUGUACUCCAUCGGCAACGAUAUGUGAUGGAACAGAUGAUUGUGGAGAUGGUAGCGAUGAGCAAAAUUGUGAUCUACCAUGUCCUGACUCUGACUUUAAAUGCAAGUCCAGUGGACGUUGUAUAUUAGAUAGUUGGCGUUGCGAUGGAGAUGCUGAUUGUAAGGAUGGCAGUGAUGAGGAUCCUGCUGUAUGCCAUAAACGGACAUGUGAUCCGGAUACAGAAUUUAGCUGCAAGAACGGUCGUUGCAUACCCAAGCUAUGGAUGUGUGACUUCGAUAACGAUUGUGGUGAUGAUUCUGAUGAACCAGCUUACAUGUGCCGUCAGAGAAACUGCACAACUGGAUGGCAGAGAUGCCCAGGACAAUCGAACUACAGAUGUAUUCCCAAAUGGUUGUUCUGCGAUGGUAAGGAUGAUUGCCGUGACAAUAGUGAUGAGCUACCAGAAAACUGUCCAAAAUGUUCGACUGAAACUGACUUCAAGUGCGGCAAUAACCGUUGUAUUCCAAAACAAUGGAUGUGUGACUUUGCAGAUGAUUGUGGCGAUGGAAGCGAUGAAGCUGAUACUCUUUGCAAGGGUAACUACAGAGAGUGCUCUGAAUCUGAAUUCCAUUGUGGUAAUGGCAAGUGUAUAUCAUCUCGUUGGCGAUGUGAUCAUGAGGAUGAUUGUGGAGACAACACUGAUGAAAUGAAUUGUGAAGGUUACCAAUGUAAGAAUGGAACCUUCCAAUGUUCGUCUGGUCAUUGUAUUGCAUCAUACUUCCGUUGCGAUGGUGAUCGGGAUUGUAGGGAUAUGUCUGAUGAAAUCAAUUGUCCACCACGUUUCCCAGGUGGAAGGUAUUGUCCGGAAUCUCGAUUCCAAUGUGCCAAUAACUUGUGUGUAUCACCUUCGGAUCUAUGUGAUGGAACCGAUGAUUGUGGUGAUGGAACGGAUGAGGAUCCAAAGGUUUGUUCGAACUUUAACUGUGAUACGUUGAGGCGAUUCCAAUGUGCCAACCAUCGAUGUGUGGCUAGGUAUCAGAUUUGUGAUGGAGUCGAUAAUUGUGGUGAUGGUUCGGAUGAGAACAAUAUGACUUUAUGUGCUACCAAGCAAAGACCCUGCGAUCUGUACACACAAUAUCAAUGUGCUAAUAAGAAUUGUGUUGAAAGAUCACAAGUUUGUGAUUAUUCAGAUGAUUGUGGAGAUGCUUCUGAUGAAUUGGGAUGUCAUGAAAGUAGUUCAUGCUCUGAAUUGACCCGUGGAGGUUGUGAACAUCAUUGUCACAAUUUGACAGAUGGAGGCUAUAUUUGUGCUUGUUAUCCUGGUUAUAUCAUCUCGAAGGAUCAAAAGAAGAGAUGUGAUGAUAUUGAUGAGUGUGCUACGAGAACUCACAGUUGCAGUCACCAGUGUCACAAUUUGAAUGGAACUUAUUCAUGUUCAUGCAGAGAAGGAUUUAGGCUAGUCGAUGGAAUGUCUGGAGUUUGCAAGGCUAUUAAGGAUGAUGUUGUUUUGGUAUUCGCAAACGGCCCUGAGAUUCGAGGUCUUGAUUUACAGAAACAUGAGGAAUUCGAUGUAGUGGCAGCUGAGAAGCGUAUUGAAGCUCUGGAUUAUAAUGCUGAAGCACAAAUUAUCUUCUGGGCUGAUAGUUAUGACAAAACAAUCAAACGUUCUUACAUGAUCAAUGCCUUGGAUGGGCAAGCAAAGAUUGGUUUUGCUCAGGACUUAAACAUGAAGGGUGGAUCGAAGCCAACAGCUGUUGCAGUAGAUUGGUUAGCUGAUAACUUGUACUGGACUGAAGUGGAUAGGACUGGUUCCAAACCACGAGGACGUGUAAUGGUUGCUAAGACAGACGGACGUUAUAGAAGAGCUGUAGUUAGUGCUGGAUUAGAGGUGCCCACUGCGAUAGCAGUCGAUCCUCAGUUAGGUAGAAUGUUCUGGGCCGAUGCUGGUUCAGCUCCAAAGAUCGAAGUAUCUUGGAUGGAUGGAUCUAAACGUAGACCACUGAUUACUGAAGCCAUUCGGCAUCCAGCUGGACUUACUAUCGAUUAUUCUCAAGAUCACAUUAUUUACUGGGUUGAUUCUAAACUGAAUACGAUUGAAUCAAGUCGACCUGAUGGUUCACUGAGAAAGACAAUUGUCAAGGGUGAACAAUUGCGUCAUCCGGUUUCAUUGGACAUUUUUGAAUCCACAAUGUAUUGGGUAACACGGGAUAGUGGAGAGUUGAUGCAACAAGACAAGUUUGGUCGCGGAGUGCAAGUGAUAGUACAAAGAAACUUAGUAAAUCCUUCCGGUUUGAAGGUUUAUCAUGAAAAACGUUACAACACUUCUCUUCGUAAUCCAUGCUUCGAAAGUAGUUGUUCACACUUGUGUCUUCUUGUUCCUGGAGGUCGUCGUUGUGCAUGUCCCGAUAAUUCUGGUCCACUUCCAUCGCACCGAUCGACAGCUGAAGUGAUUUGUGAUGCACCAGCUGAACGACCAAGAGCAUCUCCAAGAGCCUGUCCAUGUCAAAACGGAGGUCUUUGUAGUGAAAAUGUACGAGGUGAUUUGGUUUGUGAAUGUUUGUCAGAUUUCAUGGGCGAUCAUUGCGAGCGUGUCGUAGGAGGAGCAUUUGGACCAGGAGGUGGAAAUGUUGCUGCUGUUGUAAUUCCAAUUAUGGUUAUAUUAUUGGUGAUAUUAGCUGCUGGUGGAGUUUGGUAUGUCAUAAGGAAGAAACCAUUUGGAAAAUUGGCAAGAUUACCAACACUUUCAUCAUCGCAAAGUGUUACAUUCCGUCAUGGAACAAAUGUUGAAUUCAAUGCACCUGGAUUCCAAAAUAUGCCACCACCAAGUGAGGUCCCUCCAAUGGAUAGCUAUAAUUUACAAACAGUGAAUAGUAGUAAUAAGGCGCGUGAUUUCUCGAAUCCAAUGUAUGAUGCUGUACAAUCGGGUACGACAUCAGAUCCAAGUAUUGGAAAUGGAUCAGGAAUUUAUGAAGUUCCACAUGACAUCAAUUCAAAAUUGAAACCAGUCGGACCAUUUACCGAACCAGUAUCAGCAAUUUUAGCGCCCAGCAGUAUAACGCACAAGUCAUCACCGCAACUGCAAUUGCGUACCAGAGAACUGGAUCCAUCAGCCGAUACAGGAAAAGAUACGCAAUACCUUGUUGAAGAGGAUAAGUCUGAAUGCUGAUAUUAAAUUAAACACUUGCAAUAUUGUCUACCCCCAACUCCUCCUUGACAUCACAUACACAAAUAUUCACACAUUUUAAAUCUCACCUUUUUGCUAUAACCUUUAAGAACACACAACAAAUAAAAAUAAAAUUUGAACUGUCCAAAAAAUAAAACAACAACAACAAAAAGAAAAACACAAACAAAAAAUGCAUAGGUACUUCCGGCUGCCAUUUUGUAUUGAAAAAAAACACAUAUUUUUAUGACAAUAUUGAUACAUAUGAUUGAAAAACAAAAAACAAAA